AGCAAUCACAACUUUGCAAAAAAGGAAAAAAAAAACAAAACAAAAAAAAAAGAGUUAGGGUUCAAAGAAGCUCCAUUACCGCCGAGUGCCUCGACAUCCAUCCCUCAAACGCAUAUGUGGUUCCAUCUUCUUUGAUUCUGCUACUCGAUUGUUUCCACAGGCUUGGCAUCACUCGGGGGCCAUAAUCAAUGGCGAAUCGUACGGACCCGUCAGCGAAGAGCAUAAGGGGAACAAACCCACAGAACCUAGUUGAGAAGAUAUUGAGGUCGAAAAUUUACCAAAACACCUAUUGGAAGGAGCAGUGUUUCGGUUUGACAGCAGAGACACUAGUUGAUAAGGCGAUGGAGCUGGAUCACGUUGGCGGAACUCAUGGCGGUAACCGUAAACCCACACCUUUCAUUUGUCUCGUCAUGAAGAUGCUCCAGAUCCAACCUGAUAAAGAAAUUGUCGUUGAGUUCAUCAAAAACGAAGAUUAUAAAUAUGUUCGAGUACUUGGAGCCUUUUACCUGCGACUUACAGGCACAGAUAUCGAUGUGUACCGGUAUCUAGAGCCAUUGUACAACGAUUACAGGAAAUUGAGACGCAAGUUAGCUGAUGGGCACUUUGCUCUGACGCAUGUGGACGAGGUCAUCGAUGAACUCUUGACAAAAGAUUAUUCAUGUGACAUUGCUCUGCCUCGUAUAAAGAAAAGGCUUACCAUUGAAGCAAUUGGUGCUCUGGAACCUAGAAAAAGUGCACUUGAAGAUGAUUUUGAGGAGGAAGAGGAAAAAGACGAGGAUGAGCAACUCAUGGAUAUUGAUGCCGGGGGUCAUGAAAAGGAUUAUUAUCGUAGACCUAGCCCAUCUAGGGAAAGAGACCGAGAUCGUGAUCGGGAUCGGAAACGUGACAGCCAUAGACAUAGGGACCGUGAUUAUGAUAGGGAGUACGACAGGGAUUAUGAGCGGGACCGGCGCGAUAGAGACAGGGAUCGGGACCGUGACCGUGACCGAGAUCUAGACAGGGACAGGGAUCGUUAUCGUGGGAGAGACGAUAGAGAUUAUGGACGGGAUAGAGAUAGACGAGACAGGGAUCGUGGCGGCAGGAGGAGGAGCCGCUCAAGAAGCCCAAGCAGGGAGAGGGAUAGGGAUAGGGAUAGGGAAGAGAGGCGGCAGAGGCACGCACGGGACUCCAGCACCAGUCCCCCGAGAAGAGGGGCGGCGGAGGGUGAGAAACCGCCAGCGGCAAAGAAAAAGAAGGAAAAGGAAAAGAAGGAUGAUGGAACAGACCAUCCUGACCCAGAAAUUGCUGAAGCUAACAGGAUACGUGCGUCUCUUGGUUUGAAACCUCUGAGGCUAUGAGCACGUCACCAACCCAUGUCAUUGUUAUAAUGUAGUUGAUCAACUUGUGGAUUCACAAAAUCCACAUCAUGUCUGUGUUUUUCAACUGUUGAAUUAGAGGUUUUCAAAUUUUAGUGCACUUUUUUUGUUUAAAUUGAUUGAUUAUCAAGUAA